AUGGACUGGAACAGUUCGCCCAAUAUCUACUAUGACCUAUAUGAUCACUAUGAGUAUGGUGGAUAUGAGGCAAUGGACAUUGAUCCAGUUGCUAGCUAUUCUUCGCGAGAACUUACUAACCUCUUGUUAGCAAUGCCUAGCAAGGUUAGAACUUACUGGCCUCUUGCUAGCAUCGCCUGGCAAGAUGGCUUGAAGGUGAUCAAAUCGGUGAGCUCUUCAAAGAAGACUGUGAAGAAGCACCAAUGCGUCGCCGUCCAUCGCAUAAAUCAUCUGCGUCGUUCGUUCGCCCGCCAUCUCUUGACUCCUCUCGUUUGGCCCCCAUCUCCCGACCUCCCUCGCUACUCUCUCCCGUCACGGCGCAUCCGCCGGCUGCGAUGCCUCUCGGCCGAGGAACGGCAGUGGGAGACGGAGACGGAGGCGCUCAUCGUGCUAUCUCUCGGGUUCCCCAUCGACGAGCUUCGGCCAGAGGAGCGGCCCCUCCUCCCGGCCCCCAUCGCCGACGCGCCCAACGACUACAUUGUCGUUCGCAAUCACAUCCUCGCCUCCUGGCGCGCCGACCCGAGCGCGCCGCUCCCCCGCGUGCGCGUGCUCGAGACCGUGGCCGCCACCUACGACCACCUCGUCGCCGCGGCCCACGGGCUCCUCGUCCGCGAGGGCCACAUCAACUUCGGCGUGUCCGCCGCCUUCCCCACCGCCCCGCCCCUGGACACCCCGCCUCAGGGCGCUGCAACAGCCUUCGUCCUCGUCGGCGGCACGGGUCGCGCCGGGAUCCCUGCCGCGCGCCAGCUCCUCCGCUUCGGCCUCCGCGUGCUUGUCUUCGAGGGUCGUUCGCACCCCGGCGGCCGCGUCUACACAUCCCGCCUCGGCGAGGACAAGGCCGUCGUCGAGCUCGGCGACAGCGUCAUCACCGGCAUCCACGCCAACCCGCUGGGUGUUUUGUUGUGCCCUUGGGCAUGUCUUAUCAUGGCAAUUGGAUUAUCUGCACUAAUUCUAGGCUUAUGGCCCAUGCAUCUGAUUUGGACAUACUACUGCAUUAUCAGAACUAAGCUGGUGGGACCUGUAGUAAAGCUUCUGCUUCUUAUUGUUGCUACUGCAAUCUUGAUCCUAUGGUUGAUAGUUGGCAUCCCAGGAAGCGUCCUUUCUGGAUUAGUAUAUGGUUUUCUAGCGCCCAUAAUGGCCACAUUCAGUGCAAUUGGAGAAAGCAAAGAAAAGCUGUUUGUUCAUUGUUUUGUGGAUAGAACAUGGAGUACUAUCACUGGAAGUUGUACUGUAGUCACGGAUGUGAAAGACUUGCUUUUCCACUCCUAUUUUUCAAUUAUGGAUGACAUUCGUCUUCAGAAACCUCCUGAUGGGAAGCCGUAUGAGAUAAGGAUAGAACUCUGAUCGUACUUGACUCAAAUCCUAUUCCACAUUGAUGUAAAGAUAUGCCAUACAAGCAGUACACACCUAAAAUAAUUCAUAUUUCCAAGUACUAUAUGUUUGCCAUGAGAGUAGCACGCCCUGGCUGGAACGACGAUGUUUAUAGAUGGCAACAUAUACUCCACACUGGUACUCUAAUGAAUAUAUAUGGGUAACUUGCUUUGAACGUCACUAUAAACAAUAAGUAAUAAGUAUGUUUAUCUAACACAAUUUACAA